CCCACGGUCUGCUACUGCCUUCAACCCAACAAGCCUGCAGCAAUGACGUUUAAUGGAACAUGGAAAGCUGAACGCAACGAGAAUUAUGACAAGUUCAUGGAGCAAAUGGGUAUCAACAUCAUGAAGCGCAAGCUGGCUGAACAUGACAACCUGAAGGUCACCAUCGAGCAGACCGGGGACAAGUUUCACAUCAAAGAGUCCAGCACCUUCCGCACCAAAGACAUCGACUUCACCCUGGGUGUCACAUUUGACUACAGCCUGGCCGAUGGCACUGAAGUCUCAGGCAUGUGGGAGAUGGAGGGUGACAUGCUGAAAGGCAAAUUCACCAGGAAAGACAACAACAAGGUCCUGACCACCACCAGAACUCUGGUGGGCGGAGAACUCGUGCAGAGUUACAACUACGAGGGAGUGGAUGCAAAGAGAAUUUUCAAGAAGCAGUAACCUUGAGUCUGAAGUUCAGAUUUUAUUUUUAUAUAGAUGACAUAAUGUAGAUUUAUGUGUUUGUUUUCAAACUAAAACACAAGGCCAUGUUUCCUGAUAAUCUACUUCAUAUACCUCAAAAUGUGGGCAUUUUUUUGAGAGCAGCGACAAGCACCUUCUAUGAGUGCAAUAGAGGAAAUGGCAGCAAAAACCACCAAUUAACCCCGUCAAAUACUUAAGAGAACUAACAACUAAUUACACACAGCAGAACAGACAGGUACAAAUAUGAUCACAAUGACAGUGCCUUAGAAAGAAUCUUUCAAAACAGCACCUUAUAAAAGCCAAAAGAUUCAUUAAAGGGUUGAUUCACCCAAAUGACACAAAAUAUAUUUUCUCACUGACCUCUAGUGAUGUCUAGUCAAGCAAAUAUUUUUGUUUUAGUCACCCCGAUUUUGAAAUAUUUGUCUCUUGUUUUUCUGUUGUUGGACUGCAAUGGAGGGGAAUGCCUUUUAGUUUGUGUUGCUCACCACAUCGAAAAGUUUCAUUUUUAAGAAAUCAACAGCCCCAUGUGUUACCCGAAACAAUGGCCGAGUUGUAUGGGUGGGGUGUAUUGUUUCUGGUCAUGCAUGUUACUGUUGAGACUAUUUAAUGUAAUUUUCAAUGCUGUGAGCGACAUCAAUUGAAAUGCUUUCACCUCCAAUGUAUUUUGGCGAAGGCAGAAUUCUUAGAGAUGGAAAUCUCAAAAUCUGGUCAAAUAAACCGAAAAAUAUCUGCACGAGUAGACAGCACUAGAAGUAAGCUAGACACUGUGUUUUCUUGUAAUCUGGGUGAAUUUACCCUUUAAAUGUUUCCAACAGUGAAGAUAAACAUGUUUCUUAAACUUGACUACACCAUGCUGCUACACUAGUCUUCACCAUUGUGAGGGAAGCAGCUCACAGCAUCACAUAGUGGAAGAUCACACUAUUACACUCAUACACUCAUUAGGUGUUGUUAUGUGUCUUUACCUGACUGGGAAAUCAUUUAUUUUGCACUAAAAGGUUCUGAUUGUCUGAUGUUUGUUAUGAAUAAAAUGUCAUAUGUCA